AUGCACGCCUAUAUUGAAUUGUCGAAUAUAGCUCGCACAGAUUCCAUUAUUCAAUCAUUAUCAUGGAUGAGUGGCAUUCCAAAGUCAUCACCAUUAUUAAAUAAUGAUGAUAAUAAUACGAAUCGAUCAACCAAUUUCCACGAAGGUUGGCUAGCAACAGGUAAUACAAAUCAUAUCAUUAGUGUGACUUAUACAUCUGUAAAGUCUGAUGAAACUGCAAUUGAACCUGAUCGUACAAAUUUUAAUUUACGUGCACAUCGUACAGAAAUUCGUCUUGUUUCAUGGAAUAUUCCAUAUCAAAAAUUAGCAACUAUUGAUGAAAAAGGUGUAAUUUUUGUUUGGGUUAAACAUGAUAAUCGUUGGUCAUUAGAAUUGAUUAAUGAUCGCAGUCAGCCGGUGACUGCUAUGGCAUGGUCACAUGAUGGACGUAUGACAAUUAUUUGUUAUGAAGAUGGCUUUAUACUUGCCGGUUCAGUUACAGGACAACGUUAUUGGUCAACAGUUUUAAAUGUUCCUCAAGCAAAAGUUUCCGCUGUUACAUGGAUGCCUGAUGUUUCACAUGCUAUUCUUGGUACAACAUCAGGACAAUUAAUUGUAAUGGAUCAUCAUGGUAAUACAACAGAAAUGUUACCAAUAUCAACUCAAUCUAUUCGACAAUUGAUUUACUCCUGUAAUAAAUUCUAUCCAGAAGCGCCGGAUAAUAAUGCAACAAAAUUUAAUAAUGAUGAUUAUAUUCUUGCAUGUAGUCUGGAAAAUGGACAGAUACUUUUUCUUCAGAACUAUCAAGAUCGAUCUCCGAUUAGUGUUAAUACAGAACUUCAAAAUAUUAAAAUGGACUGGUCGACAUCAAAUGAAAUACUUGCUGUUGGUGGUCAUAAGCAUUUAAACGAUACAAAUUAUAUAAAUGAAAUUAUAUUUUAUAAUCGUCGAGGAGAAUUUCUACAUCGUGCUCAUCUUCCACAAAUGACUCAACCAUUAUCUGCUUUGUGUUGGGCACAUGGAAAUGAAAUCGUUUUUGUUGCGUGUGGUUCAUUUGUUUAUACCAUUUGGAUAAUUCAAAAGCCUCUACCGUCCAUGUUCACAAUAUGUCAGAUGAGCAUCAAACAGAAUUUAUUAAAUAACUCGUUACAAAAUUUCGAUAAACUUUAUUUACCAAAUAAUUUAAAAGAAAAUCUUUUAAAGUAUUUUCGUUCAACAAUCAAGAGCUUUUUACCUGACCCAAAAAAUAUACGUUCAUUUGUAUGUAAUCCAUUGAAAUCUCAUCUUCGUUUACAAUGCACAAUGAAGCGUAUUGAUCAUGAUAUCGACAAUGUUUCACCGACACGCACAACUAAUAAUUUAUCUGGCGCUAUUUACGUCUUAUAUUUAGAAUAUCUUGGUGGUCUUAUACCAUUAUUAACUGCUAAACGUACAUCAAAAAUUUGUCCGGAUUUUAUUAUUUUUGAUCCACAAAUGAGAACCAAUGAACUAUCAUUAUCAUCGUCCUCAUCAUCCAAAGUUCAUACAUCAAAAUUAUCAGCAAAGCAAUCUUUUCUAUUAUUAAGACGACAAUCUAAUACUUUGCAUAAUACAUCAAAUAUUCUACCAGCAAAAUUUGUAAAUAAUAAUAAUAGUAGUCCUAAUCGUUCAAGUUUAAUUAGUAAUCGAAAUUCAAUUUAUGUUGCUGAGACAAAUGUGCAUCAUGGUAAUGCAAAUUUAAUAGCUCCAAAAAGUAGUUCUGGUUGUAGCUCAGAAAAUGAUUCCGAUGAAGAAUAUGAUGGAAAUAUGAGUGAUACACAAGAAAAACAAUCAAGGAAAAAGACAACAAACAAAAACAACAAAUUGUGUACCAUAGGAGCUAAUAUAUGGGGCACACGUUUUAAAUUUUAUGGUCAUUCAAAUUACCUACCCGAUAUCUUAGGCAGUGUAACAUAUAAAACUUCAUUUUUACAUUUACAACCUCGUCAAAUGACUGUUAGAGUAGCGAAUAACGAUGACAUUCGUAGACAAAGACAACAAGCAAUCAACAAGACAAGACAUAAGGAAAUAAUAAAUUCGACCGGUCGUAAAAUAAAACGAACUAAAAUCGAUGACAUAAUCGAUAGUGAUAAACAACAUUCAUCUAGUAUUCCUAUUGCUCCGAUGUCUCCACAAUUAUCAAAUGUUCGUUCGAGUUUACUACUUUAUCAGCAACCUCCGUUGUCGUCUAUCCAUGAAUCUAGACGUUCAUGUCAAACAAAACCCAAAUAUAGAUCAUCUCAUCGUUUACAACGUACAUCUAUAGCAACGACCGUUGUUCAUCACCGAGCUAAUCCUCAUUUCGAUUCAUCAGCUGCAAAUUCUUCGUCAACAUCACCGAUUAAUCUAAGUCGUUCAACGUCUCCGGCAGCUUCAAUAGCUAAUUUCAUUCGUCCUAUAUCACCACCAUGUAUUCAACUGAAACAACCCAUAUCACCGAAGUUCGCUCGAGCAUCUUUUACAACACUAACAAAUUCUCAAUUCCAUCAUCGUCAUCGUUCACCACCAACAACUGUACCAUCGAUGACAAAUAAUAUUGAUGCAUCAACGGCUAGUGCAACAACAACAUUGUUACUUGAUGAUUCAUCCGGUUAUGAUAGUAAUGAAAAUCCAAAUCAUCAUGCGCUGACGAGCACAGUUUCUCAUGUUCCUGAAAGUUGUUUUGAACCUGAGACGUAUCGUAAUUUGCAUCCAUUCAAUAGUAAUCAACAGAAAAAAUUAAGUUUCAGUGAUCCAACAUUAAACCAAACAAAGAAAUUUUCACAUCAAUCACAGCAAUGUCAACAACAACAACAACAACCUGGUUUAAACUCGUCAACCGCUGAGCAAUUUUUUUCUGUUUCAUCUUUACAACAGCAAACAUCAAACGGAGAACAACAUGUAAAUACGGAUAACGAUGAUAUUGAUGAUGACGAUGAUGAUGAUGGCGAAAUUAAAAAUCUUAGUAAACAUGUAGAAACAUUAUCUAAAGAAAAAAUGACAACGACUAAACAUGAAUCUCGAAAAAAAUAUUUAAAUCCAAGACAUCGUAUGAUGACAUGCACAAGUGGAAUUAAUGAUUCCGUAGCAACACUUUCACUUUCAUCAGACAUUGAACAAAUGGACGAUCAAACUGAUACAUCGUAUUAUGUUAUGCAAAAUCGACCACCUUUGUGGAACGAACAGUCGCAAGUGUAUCAGUUAGAUUUUGGCGGUCGUGUAACACUUGAAUCAGCAAAAAAUUUUCAAAUUGAAUUUAAAGGCAAACAAGUUAUUCAAUUUGGUCGUAUUGAAAAUAAUUGUUAUACACUCGAUUUUGAAUGGCCUUUUUCGCCAAUACAAGCUUUUGCCGUUGCUCUGGCUAAUAUAACUCAACGUCUCAAAUAA